AUGGAGGCCGCAAAUGCGUCGAGGCCGCCGGUUGCCGGCUGGAGGGCGCUGGCGGAGCGCCAGAUGUGCAGCGACUCCCCGGUUUUGGUCGACGGCAACCGCGCCACCGGCGGCCGCUUCGUUGUCCCCACGCGGGAGGCGCUGAAGCUCGACAUCGGCGACGACGACUACCCGUGGCCGCGCCGCUACGCCAUCACGUUCUCGGAGUGCCUGCAGAAGUUCUCCUGGGACCCCUACUCCCCGGUCUUCAAGAGCAGCGACAUCGAGACCGCGCGCAACUCGUACCUGCGCACCACCAUCCCCUUCGCCCGCCUCACGCGGGAGAAGCAGCUGCAGCGGCUGGAGAUGUGGGGGGAAAACCUGCGCCGGCACGCGCCGGGCGACUUCAACCCCCUCGUGGAAGCCCCAGUGCCGGAGUCCCCGACAAAGCGAUCGAAGCAAAAAAAGAAGCGGCAGCAAAAAAAAAGCAGCGGGAGGCUCAGCUCAGGCAAGAGCGGAGGCAGCAGCUGCUGCUGCAGCAGCGGCAACAACAGCCACCACCGCCACCACCAGCACCGCUGUUACCGCCGCCGGUGCAUCAGCAGCAGCGCUUUUAUCCGCGGCAGCAGUGCCACCAAGCACCACCAGUGGCGCAGCAGCAGGAGUAUUUUUAUCCGCGGCAGGAAUACCAGCAACGACCACCGAUGCGGGGUAUGGACCCCUACUGGAGAGGCAACCAUCCUCGCAACUUUCAAUACAGCAACCCGCCGCCUGCGUAUCAUCGUGGCGAUCACAACUUUUUUCCGGACUUUGCUGCCGCAGGUGGGUUUCAGGCCGCCCCAAGAAGCACCAUUUUGUAGGAUCUAUGAAAUUGUGUGGCCCGUACAUGUAUGCAUGUUUUUAUUUUUUUUCCCCACUGGGCUGCGUCCUGGAGCACCACCUGCGCUUGCGUGGAAGCUCCUGGCCGCCCCAGUUUACCCAGCGCCCCCAAGUCAGCACGGGGGGAGGAGCCGUGCGUUGGAUUUGUGA